GCACUUCACCAGUUCGCCCCCUCGGAGCAGGAGGAGAGAGAAAACCUCACCGUCAAUGUCCGCGAGCGUUUCCAAAGGCGCUAGGGUUUAACCCCCAGCUGUUCGAUCUCUCUCCCCAAUCCAGUUCGGCAGCAUCUAGUCCGCGACCCGGCGACAUGGGGUACCUCCAGGAGGCCCGGGAGAAUCACGUCAAGAAGAAGGUGGAGGAAGCUUUGCGGAGCAAAAUGAAACAAAAGGCCCUUAAGGAAUGUGAUUUCUAUUGUUCAAAAUAUGCUGAAUGUGCUCGAGGAAGAACAUUUUCUGUGGUAUGGCAAUGCCGCAAACAAGCAAAAGAGUUGAAUGAGUGCCUUCAUCAAUACACAAAUGAUGCAGUCCUGGAAGAAAUGAAGAAGGCUUAUAUGAUUGAGCAGGAGAGCAAGGAGAUGAACCAAUAAGCAAAAUGCAUUGCACAAUGUGCAUCACGAUCUCCCUGCUUGUACGUAUACUGUUGCCUUUGAUAGAUACUAUUCAUGGGCAGUGUUGCAAACAUUGAUUCUGCCCCAUGCAUAACCUGAUACUAGUACUGGAUGGCAAUGUUUCUGUCUCUGUCGAAUAUGCGAUAUAAGUUGUUUUCUUCUGUUGCAAUUUUCAUCCCUAAUAGAUUUUGUGUGGAUGCAGAUAAUGCAGUUGUGUUCGUUUCCCUGCUA